AUGUGGCUAUGGUUGGAUCGUCUACUUGCGAAAGAUAAUAUAAAAUUUCUUCGAAUUGUCAGUGAGAAAAGUUCGGAGAAACAUAAACAUCGUAGCGAUCACAAUCGUGUGGAAAAAAUACGAAAACGCGAUCGACGUUCACCAUCCGACGAUGAUCGAUCUCGGUCUGCGACACCAACGAAAUCGCAAGCGAAUGAUACAUCAGACAAUGAGCGCGAAGGAACUGAACGUGCAUCGCUCUCCAUAGAAGAAACAAACAAAUUACGGGCCUCUCUUGGUCUUAAGCCAUUAACCGUCGAUGCUGGUGCAUCGGGAGAUUCUAAUGAGCCAAAGAAAAGUGGAAAUAGCGAUGAAAAUUUCGUUCAUCGACCAGCAGCUAAUCUUACUGAAAAGAAGAGAACCGAACAAGUCUUGGAAAAACUUGGCGUCCAAAAAGAAAAACGAUUAUUGCAAGAAAAAUUCUUGACCACACCAACUAUAGCUUCUGAGCCAAGCGAAUCAGCUGUCUCAUGGGUGGAAAAGAUGCGACAAAUGGAGGAGGAAAAACGUAGAGCAGCUGCACGCGCCAAACAACUUGAACAAAUGGAUGAAGAAUUCAGCGUUGGAAAUGUCAUGCGUGAUGAAGCCGAGAAACGAAAACAUAGAAAAUAUGGAGCGAAGGAUUUAACUGGUCUUCGUAUUGAACAUUCAAUCGAUGAAUUCAAAGAAGGACAACAAGUCAUAUUAACAUUGAAAGAUAAAAAAAUUCUUAGCGACAAAAAAGCAGGUGAAGAUGACGAUGAGGAUGAUGAUGAAGAUGUUUUAAUCAAUGUUAAUAUUACGGACAAUGAACGGGCAAAAGAACGUGUUGAAUUAGCAAAAAAGAAAACGCCUGGUUAUCGAUCGUAUAACGAUGAUGAUGACACGCCGGAUCAGUUCGGAAUGUUCAAUCGUAAUAAAAUGCUUGAACAAUACGAUGAUAAGAAGAAAUCAUCAUUUCGAUUAGAUACCGGAGGUACAUACGAUAUGGCUGAUGAGAAAUUCAUGGACAAUAUGAAAGAGGAAAUUCGAGCACGAAUGCAGAGUUUAACUGCAGCAGCACCAAAAGUAGCGAGCGACUUUUAUACCGCUGCUGAAAUGGUAAAUAUACUUGAAUUGCUUGUCAAGGAGAGAACAAUUCAAAAAGCCAAAAAAGCCAUGGAUAGUAGUGAACCAAAUGAAUCAUCGGCAUCAGUGUCACUACGUCCGGCUGACGCUCGCCGUGCUACAGCAAUCUCAUCAUCAUCAAAGGAACGUCCAGCUAGUGCUUCUCUGAAUAAAAUUAAACGAGAAAUCAUCACGACGACUGAAAGAGAUGAUGACGAUUUGGUUGGCCCUGAUGAUGAUCUUUCUAAUAUUGCCAUUACCGAUGAUGCUUUUGAUGAGCUUCAGGCUGUUGUUAAUAAAACAAUGAAACUGAAAACGAAAAAAGAAAGUAGUUCGGCUGAAAAGGUCUUGAGUGAAUUGAUCGAAGAACGCGAUCGAAAAUUGAAAGUUGAAAUAAAAUCUGAACCGAUGGAAACCGGUAUUAUUCUUCCACCUGGUCCCACACCUCCCGAUGAUAAAAGUCUCGUCCUUGACACCAUGUCUGAAUUUUGUCGUAAUGUUGGUGGCAAUACUAUUGAUUCAUUAGCAAGCAUUCCAGCAUUACGGAAGUCGAAAAAAAUCAAUCGUACUAACGUUUCAUCCAGUAAAAAGUCGACUUCAAAACCUCAUGCGGCAAUAGACCCCGACGAUGAAUUAUUACAGCAUGCAUUGGAAAAUGAUGCUAUGGAUGAUGACGCUAUGGACGAUACACCGGCCGACAAUGUUAAUACAAAACCGUUUCGUCUAGAAGAAUCGAUUUUACCAGAAGAGACAUCAUUGGAUCGUGGAAUUGGUAGUGCACUCAGACUUGCAUUACAGAAAGGAUACAUUGAACAAGACAAAAAUCGGCAAAAUGCUCGUAUUAUCAGCGAUAUUUCAGCAAAAAAUUUUACAGUUGAAGAGAAGAAUUCCUAUGAAAUUGAAGAUAAACAUGCACGACGUGACCGGUAUACAUCAGGACCCUUGACUGACUUUAAAGAAAAAGAGCAUUAUCGUCCUGAAGUCAAACUUGAAUAUGUCGAUGAAGGCGGUCGAAAAAUGAAUGCCAAAGAAGCAUUUCGUGCACUUUCACAUCGUUUCCAUGGUAAAGGUAGUGGUAAGAAGAAGACAGAAAAACGAGCGAAGAAACACGCUGAAGAAGAUGCCAUGAAAAAGAUGUCCAGUGUUGACACUCCACUACAAACUUGUAAUCUCUUAAAACAAAAACAAAUUCAAUUACAACAGCCCUACAUUGUUUUAAGUGCAAAUCGUUCAAAAGAUUCGCAACUGCCUCCUGGAUAUAAAUAA